ACGCGCUUGGAAAUCUAGCCAUGACGCUUGCACUAAUAAAAAGAAAUCGGUCUGAAUUCUCGCGAUCAAUAGUUUUGGCCACCGUUUAAUCCAACUCAACGUAAGUUCAUCCAAAGCGCUCUUUCCACCAGCCAAUCUUAGCCUUUAAGAGGCGGGGGAUAUAGAGCAACAUGUGCAAGAUGAUCACUGACUGACAGAGAACGGAGCGCUAGAAACUUUUCAGAAAGCACAAAGUGUUUGCAUCUAAGAUGGUAUCGAUUAAACGGUUGACAUCUCUGUUCUCUGUGUCUUGGGAGCAAACGCUCAUAUAUCUGGGCAGUUUGUUCGUUACACUCUUCAUUUUUGUGGUAAUUCGCCAGCUGGUAAAGCAGCGGAGACCCCGAGGGUUUCCCCCUGGACCGACACCUUUACCCAUGAUAGGGAAUAUUCUGUCCCUGGCCACAGAGCCUCACGUCUACAUGAAGAGGCAGAGUGAUAUCCACGGUCAGAUUUUCAGUCUAGACCUGGGAGGAAUCUCGACUGUUAUUCUAAAUGGUUAUGAUGCCAUUAAAGAGUGCCUAUAUCACCAAAGUGAGGUUUUUGCAGAUCGUCCAUCCCUCCCUUUAUUUCAGAAGAUGACAAAAAUGGGAGGCCUUCUGAACUGCAAAUACGGUCGAGGCUGGAUUGAACACAAUAAACUGGCCGUGAACUGCUUCCGCUACUUUGGCAGCGGUCAGCAGAUGUUUGGGAGGAUUUCGGAGGAGUGCCUGUUUUUUCUCGAUGCCGUUGACCAGCAUCAGGGGAAGCCCUUCAACCCGAAGCAUCUUGUGACCAAUGCUGUCUCCAACAUCACCAACCUCAUUAUCUUCGGGCAGCGUUUCACCUACGACGACAGCGAUUUUCAACACAUGAUUGAGAUCUUCAGCGAGAAUGUGGAGCUGGCAGCCAGUGGCUGGGCUUUCCUGUACAACGCCUUCCCCUGGAUGGAGUACGUGCCCUUCGGGAAGCACCAAAAACUCUUCCGCAAUGCCAACGAGGUCUACAACUUCCUACUGCAAAUCAUCCAGCGCUUCUCGCAGGAUAGAGUACCCCAGUCGCCGCAACAUUACAUUGAUGCCUACUUGGACGAAAUGGAGCAGAGCGCCACCGAUAAAGCUACAUCUUUCUCUCAAGAUAAUCUGAUUUUCUCUGUUGGAGAGCUCAUCAUUGCGGGUACAGAGACUACCACAAAUUGUCUGCGCUGGGCUAUGCUUUACAUGGCUCUGUAUCCCAGGAUACAAGAAAAGGUCCAAAUGGAGAUCGAUUGCAUCCUGAAUGGCAGACCACCGGGUCUUGAAGACAAGCAGAGGAUGCCGUAUGUGGAAGCAGUGCUGCAUGAAGUCCUGCGCUUUUGCAACGUCGUCCCACUGGGCAUCUUCCGCGCUACGUCUCAAGAUGCGGUGGUGCGUGGCUACACUAUCCCCAGGGGCACCAUGGUCAUCACUAACUUGUACUCAGUGCAUUUCGAUGAGAAGUACUGGAGUGACCCAUCCAUCUUCUGCCCAGAGCGGUUCCUCGAUUGUAACGGCAAAUUUGUCCGCCAUGAAGCAUUUCUCCCUUUCUCUAUAGGUAAGCGGCACUGUCUGGGAGAGCAGUUGGCUAGGCUGGAGAUGUUCUUGUUCUUCACCACGUUGCUCCAGAGGUUCCAUCUUCAGUUCCCCGAAGGCUUUAUUCCAAGUCUCUCUCCAAAAUUAGGCAUGACCCUUCAGCCUCGACCGUACUCCAUAUGUGCCAUCAGAAGACAGCAGUAAACCUUGCCCCAAGAGCUCUGGGACACAUGCACUCACCUCAGGGGAUCUUACUAAGAAAUGCAAACGUGAGCAGAGCAGUUCCCCGUCUUAAAUUCCAUCAGCGGGGAAUACUGACCUCUAAUAUUGACUUGUUAAAUUCUCAGAACGUGUCCUCCAUAGUUUCACAGAACCCAGCCUGAGAGUGAUAAGAGUACUGUUAUACAGAACACAUGCUCUGGCGAGCAAAGAAUGAGCACAUGUGUGUUACCCAACGAGAAUGUACAUGAGGGUAUCAGGAUAAAUGUAGCAUGUAUCUUUCAUAACUUGAACCAAUAAGUGUACUGUGUAGCAAACCGAAUGUUGUGCUUGUCAAUAUGAAAAGAACUAUUGUGUCAAUGAUUGACAGGGUUUACCUAUAUAAUGAUUUUGAGGUCUGGCUUUUCCAGCAUUCCUCCAUUUCUGGAGUCAGGCAAGUGAGAGGAGAACAGCUGCCGUUCCCAGAAAGUUUUGGAAAUGCUUCAUGACUCCCAUUGGUUUAAUGCCAUAUAUCAAUUCUGCAAUAACGGCCCUGUCCCUAGUUUAUCUCAGUGGAAAGAGACUGUCGAGAAACUUGAGCUGCAAUAUUUCUGACUGAAAAAAUGGUACUUUCAUGAAAAGCUGGACUUUAAUAUACAUUUUAUAGCUUAAUAUUAUUUUUACUUCACUUUUAACAAGUUUUUCUCUUUUUUUUUUGCAUGUUGUGAUAAAAAAAAAAAAAAAAAAACGACAAUUUUUUUUAUAAAAUGAAGACAAAAUAAGCCUUUGUUUUGUGAGUUGAUCCUAAGCUUUCUGUCUGCGACCUCUCUUUCAACUUUGCUGGAAUUUUCCGAAGCCAGUUAUAAUGCUGGAAAAGGAGCAUAUAGAGCAUAUGGUUUGGCACAUAUCUAAAAUGAAUGAUUUUCAAGGCAUUUUUGUUUGUUGACUGUGAACCUACAGUAUGUAGUAUCUUAAUUUCCUUCUGCAGUGCCUUCAAAACUCCUAUGUUGUCACUGUAAAAACAUCUUUUUGUCACCAAAAAAUCUUUCCUGUCUGUGUCGUCUAGGCAGCACUUAGACAAACUGCACAGGACCGGAAAACUCAUUUAAAAGCGGAGUGACGGGCAGGGCAUUGUUGCUUUGGGUAAGCUGUCACAGAGAUGCUGUCAUCUGAAGAGAUAAGGCUGGCCUUUCAUACGACCCACACUUGGGGACUCAUCAUCCGCUGACUGUCAUCUUACAGGCAGUUCCUCCCUGGAGAACACUUGGGCUUUCAUCUGAGCACGAAGGAAACAUGCAACUCGAUGUUGCUUAGUAGCACACUUAGAUAAUGUCACAAACAUGUUGCAUCAUAGAGAUAACUCCAAAGGGUGAAGACAUUUUGCUAGUGUUUGGACAUCUCUUUAAUAAGUGAAAGGUCAUGAUCAACGCUUGUUCCUUCACUGCGGUGGUGCGAUCAAAAUUUUACAGGUAUACCUGGAUAAUGUGGUCUGCACAAGUAUUAUGAUUCUAUUAACAAAACCAGGGGUUUUCAAACGUUUUGAUAUC